GUCAACUGCCUCUCCCUACUUUUCGGUUACCUUUGGUUCCAACUUCCCACAGACAUGCGCCAGAAAAGCAAGAUCACCAAGAAAGAUCAAGACUUUUUGCCUGUGUGCAAUCAUCAGCAUCAAAGAACGGGAGACGAAAACCAGCCAAUCGAUGCCGUUGUAAAGAUCAUCCGAUCUUGAAGGAGCAAUGUCGUUCGCCGCAGUUUGUUGAUCAGGUUCUUAGUUUUUGUUGCGGUUUGAUCGGUCCCAUCUGUUUGGUCAUUGAGAGGACAGAUCGAUGGGGCCGCCGCAGAGGCAGCAACAGGAUCGGGCGCGGCGCCCACCGGGGAACGCGUGCGUGUGGGUGGUGGCGGCGCUGCUCCUCCUCGCCGUGCUGGCCGGCGGCGGGUGCCUUGUACUGUACCUCACGCUGCCGCCGGCCGAGGUGCUGCAGUGGCUGCCGGCCGCCGGGCUCGCGCUCGUCGCGCUCCCGUGGGCGUUCUGGAUCGUCACGUGCGCGUACCGGUGCUGCUGCUCGGCGAACGCGGCGGCGGAGGGGGCGGCGGUGGGGAAUCAAGUGGGGCGGCAGCCGUCGUCGAGGGCGGGCGCCGUGGCGCCGAUGCCGAUGCCGAUGCCGAGCAGCAAGAGCCUCGACGGGUCGCCCGCCGCGGGGUCCCCCACCGCCAGCAGCGGCGCGCGGCGGGUGCGGUUCGGGGAGGCCACCGUGCUCGGGGAGGUGCACGCCGCCACGGAGAAGGACGACGGCUCGUCGGUGCACUCGAACGAGAGCGAGGCGCCCCUCGCCUACUUGAUGACGUCUUCCACGUCACGUAGCACAGGGUAAUCAAUUAAUAGAACACUUGUAAUUAGGCUGACACGUAGAGCUUCAUC